GUCACUUGUUUUUCGGUGAAAUGGCCGAGCAAUCGUGUUCUUUUCGAACCGAGUCGUGACUCGGGAAGUCGUCGGCUCUCCGUACCCGUAUGAAUUAAAUAUUUCACGCCUUUACCAUUUCAGACCCAAUUGACUUCAACCUGUUGGGCUCAUUCCAGCUCACCAGUCUAUUCUCCUGCGUCAUCCAAUAUCAUUCCACAAAAUGUCAUUCAGCCUUCGCACGCAAUUUCUCCCCCAAAUGACAUCCUCCCGUUUGAAGGCCGUUUUUCUCCGCAGCUUCCCGCUUGAGCGAACGAUCUGCCGAUGGAACCGCCUUCGUAUGAAGAGGCGACAGCCCAACGACAGCCUCCGCCGUCCUAUGAAGAGACAAUAACUCUGCAGCCGGGUCCAACUUCCAUCUUGAGCGCACCCACCGAGACGCCCAUCCUCACACCGCAAGUCACCUGCGAUCAACCAGGAACUGUCCAGCCGGAUCCGUUUCCCAUCUUGACGACGCCCACCGCCACGACCACCCAGACACCGCGAUUCUCUGUCCCUCAACUGGCAGCGGUCAGCACGGUGCCCGCAGCGCAAGCGGUGGUGACGCAGCCGCAGCCGACCAUUCCCGUCAGUGACCCGCCGAACUCUGACGGUUAUAUUCGAUGUUCAAAAUGUCAGCGGGAAGUCAAGCCCAGAAAAGUCUUUUGCCCGUCAUCAGCUGCCAUCUUCGUCUGUACCAUGACCAUCCUCUCAUGCCUCUUUUGCGGCUGCUGUCUGAUUCCGUUUUUCAUUCCCGGAUGCUGGAAUACGCACUACUUCUGUCCUCAUUGUCGGAAACAUCUUCGACGCAUCUAGGAAGCGCAGUGAGCCAUAGCCGAUGGCUCACGGGUGGGCUAAUGACUGGUAUCAACCGCUGUGCGGACCUUUUUGCUAGUUUGUCAAACCACUGAGGAACAAAUCAAGUGUCAUGAUUUCUGAUUGUGUCAAGUUUCGGCUUGUGACCAACAGGUGGCACUGUUGGGCUCUCGCUGCAGCUGCACACCUGUGGGUCGCUAGCUAAUUAGCUGUAUAAAAGGACUCCCACCCGACCACUCAUUGACGCGGGUCAUUGUUUCCUUCUGUCAUGUUUCGGUCACUAUUAUGUUUUAGCUUCAGUCAUGAUUUUUUUGUUUGAUACUUUGGACUUUGUUUGUUUUGGAUUUACAGUGGUUUUCUCUGUAUUUUAUCAAUACAACUCUAGUACAACCUGCUCCUCCCUCCUGCCUACUUUUUGGGGUCCACCAGCACCUCGCAACGGGACAGAUUGCUGGUAUAAAAUAUGCAAAGCUUGAGUUUUUUUGCAUGUAAAUUAUAUUCUUGUUUUCAACUGUAUGUUUUAUUCUUAAUGAUUAUGUGUAAUUGUAAUUUUACACAUAUGUUUAUGAUGGUUGCCGAGACGAGAUCCAGGGCCUUGGGCAAAUGAAAGUCCAGAAGCUUAGCUAGAUGAGGAGUGAGACCUGAGACCCGAGACCUUGGGCUGAUUUGGAAGGAGAUUGUGAGUCUUGGCCAAACAACGAUGCAGAUUCAGGACCUUAGCUGAGAAGAUCCGGAGCCUAGAGUGAGGAAGGGGGCACAUCCAGAACCUUGGGCCUAUAAGAAGACGGAUCCAGGACUUUGGGGUAUCGCCCAGGAGACACAUUUGAUACUUUGAGGCUGAAGAAGAAGCAGUGCCACGGCGUUACUGCUGAUAGGGAGACGGCACUAGAAGAGAUUGCGUUUAUUUGCACGUGCAAUCACUGCAUUGUGAUAUCAUUGUUGUUGCACGCAAUAAUAACAAAUAAUUGUUAUUGUUUCAAAAAAGUGUUUCUGUGCAUUUCCCCGUUUGGGCUCCGCUGUUUCGCUAUGAUAACAUCAAAUUAUGUUCCAAUUUUUUUUUUUAAUCAGGGUCUUUCUAUGUGUACAUCUGUUUCUAUAAAAUUUGAGUUUUCAUGCGGCUGGCAGUUAUCACUCAAUCACUUUUAUGAUUAUUCUCAGCAUCAGCAAUGAUAGUCAUGCAAAUAAUUCAUAAAUGCUUGAAUCUCACGGCUUUUGUGAAUUGCUUAUUCUUGAGUUCCAGUCUAAGUAACAGAUUUGAUAUUCUUAUUUCAUCAUUGAGAAAGAAAAUGCUUGCUUUCUUGAAAAUGUCAUUAGUUUUAGGUUAUAUUGUACUGUUUGUUUUUUCUUUACUCAAAACAACUGCCAGCUCUGGAAAACACCCUGUAAAAAUAUAUAUUUUUUUGGUCUCCAUUGCAUGUACUUUCUUAUUGUCCCCAUUAAAAGUUGUAUUCUAAGUUGAAGCUAAAUAUU